AUGGCGGCGCGGCCGAGGGGCGCUGACUACGGGGGAAUUGUCCUGCUCUCCAUUCUGCUGGGGACCCGGUGGGAAGCUUGGGCUGGGCAGAUUCGCUACUCCGUGGCAGAAGAAACAGAAAAAGGAUCUUUUGUGGGCGACAUCGCUAAGGACCUGGGGCUGGAACCGCGAGAGCUGGUGGAGCGCGGAGUCCGCAUCGUCUCCCGAGGUAGGGCGCAGCUGUUCGCUCUGAACGCGCGCAGCGGCAGCUUGGUCACGGCGGGCAGGAUAGACCGCGAGGAGCUCUGUGCCCAGAGCGCGCAGUGCUUGGUGAGCAUGAACAUCCUGGUGGAAGAGAAAAUGAGUCUCUACCCUGUAGAAGUGGAAAUAAGGGAUGUUAAUGACAACGCUCCUAAAUUCUUGACAGAAGAGAUAAACGUAAAAAUAAUGGAGAACGCAGCUCCUGGACUGCGGUUUCCCCUAAGCGAGGCUGUGGACCCGGAUGUGGGUGUGAACUCCCUGCAGAGCUACCAGCUCAGCCCCAAUCGCCAUUUCUCCUUGGUCAUGCAAAGUGGAGACGAUGGAGUCAAGUACCCGCUACUGGUGCUGGAGCAGGCGCUGGACCGGGAAGAAGAAGCGUUUCACCACCUGGUUCUCAUGGCCUCUGAUGGUGGGGACCCGCCCCUUUCCGCCACUGCCCAGAUCCAGGUGACAGUGGUGGAUGUGAAUGAUCACAUCCCGGUCUUCUCUCUGCCUCAGUACCAGGUGACUGUUCCUGAGAGCGUACCAGUGGGCACAAGACUUCUCACGGUCAAAGCUGUGGACCUGGACGAGGGAGUAAAUGGAGAAGUGACAUAUUCUUUUCGGAAAAUAACUCCAAAACUUAUACAGCUGUUUCAUCUGAAUUCCCUGACAGGAGAGUUAUCGACUCUCAAAGACCUGGAUUAUGAAGAAGCCAGUUCCUAUGAAAUGGAAAUUCAGGCCCAGGAUGGUCCUGGGAGUUUGGCCAAGGCCAAAGUCUUGGUUAUGGUUAGGGACGUGAACGACAAUGCUCCAGAAGUGACCGUCACCUCUGUAAGCAGCUCCAUCCCUGAAAAUGCACCUCUGGGCACAGUAAUUGCUCUUUUCCACCUCCAAGAUAGAGAUUCCGGAAUAAAUGGAGAGGUGACGUGCACUAUUUCAGAAAAUCUGCCUUUUAAAUUAGAAAGAUCAAUAGAUAAUUAUUACAGACUAGUCACAGCAAAAAGCCUGGAUCGGGAAAAGUGCUCUGUGUACAACAUCACACUGCGAGCCACAGAUGGUGGAACCCCUUCUCUGUCCACAGAAACUAACAUCAGCAUGCGUGUGACCGACACAAACGACAACUCACCCACCUUCCCUCACUCCUCCUAUGCUAUCUAUGUCCCAGAGAACAACCAGGGAGCCUCCAUCUUCUCCGUCACAGCACAGGACCCUGACAGUGACCAGAAUGCCCAAGUCACUUAUUCCCUGGUUGAAGACACCAUUGAAGGGAUGCCAAUAUCCUCCUACAUCUCCAUCAACUCAGACACUGGUGUCAUAUAUGCACUGCGAUCCUUCGACUAUGAGCAGUUCCGAGACCUGCAACUGCAAGUGGUGGCACGUGACAGUGGGGAACCACCACUCAGCAGCAAUGCCUCCCUCACCAUCUUCGUGCUGGACCAGAAUGACAAUGCCCCCGAGAUCCUCUACCCCACCCUCCCCACUGAUGGAUCCACAGGCGUGGAGCUGGCACCACGCUCUGCAGAACCUGGCUAUCUGGUGACCAAGGUGGUGGCAGUAGACAGGGACUCUGGCCAGAAUGCCUGGCUGUCCUACCGGCUGCUCAAGGCCAGCGAGCCAGGGCUGUUCUCUGUGGGGCUGCACACAGGCGAGGUGCGCACAGCACGGGCCCUGCUGGACAGAGAUGCACUCAAGCAGAGCCUGGUGGUGGCCGUCCAGGACCACGGGCAGCCGCCUCUCUCGGCCACUGUUACACUCACAGUGGCUGUGGCUGACAGCAUCCCCGCAGUGCUGGCUGACCUGGGCAGCCUGAAGCCUUCAGUGGAAGCUGAUGAGGCAGACCUGACUCUGUACCUGGUGGUGGCAGUGGCCACAGUGUCGUGUGUCUUCCUGGCCUUUGUGAUUGUGCUGCUGGCACUCAGGCUGAGGCGCUGGCACCACUCCCGCCUCCUGCAUUCUGCAGGUGGUGAGUUCACAGGAGUGCCCACAUCACAUUUGGUGGGUGUGGACGGGGUGCGUGCUUUCCUGCAGACCUACUCACAUGAGGUGUCCCUGACCGCGGACUCUAGGAAGAGCCACCUCAUCUUCCCUCAGCCCAACUAUGCGGACACACUGCUCAGCCAGGAGAUCUGUGGGAAAAGUGAUUCUUUGUUGACAUCCAUAGAUUUUAAUGAAUGCAAGGAUGAGCCCCCCAAAAUUCAGCCAGUCGAGCUGAAUACAUCCUUGUUUCCAUCUAUUUCAAGGAAAGACAUCUGUUUUAGUUGGGGUGUUAGUGGAAGGUUGGAUGAAUGCCUCAAGGAUUACAUGUUUACCAAAGAUGAUUAG